GGGAUUAAAUUUAUUAUAAUUUAUAUUUAAUAACCUAUAUUUUAUAUUAGUACACAGUUCAGUUAUAAUUCAAUAAAUUUUGUAAAAUAUUUAGAUACUUUUAAGAUAUUACACGAAAGAGCAUAAACUUACAAGAUGGGAAAACGUCAGCAUCAAAAAGAUAAGAUGUACCUUACGUACACUGAAUGGACUACAUUGUAUGGUGGAAAACGAUCUGGUACAGCUGUUGAGGAAGACACAACAUUCAAAAGACUACCUUUUGACCAUUGUUGCCUAUGUUUACAACCAUUUGAUCAAGCUUACUGCGACGGUGAUGGGAACAUUUUUGAAUUGCAAGCUAUCAUUGACUUUAUAAAGAAAUAUAAAAUUAACCCUGUCACUGGAAAAAAAAUAGACGUAAAAGGAUUGGUUAAGUUAAAUUUCUUUAAAAAUGCAAACGAUGAUUAUCACUGCCCAGUUCUCUUUAAACCAUUUACCAAAAAUUCUCAUAUUGUUGCAAUUAAGACAAGUGGCAAUGUAUAUUGUUAUGAGGCAGUGGAGCAACUCAAUAUUAAAGGCAAGAAUUGGAAGGACCUCAUUAAUGACACUGCAUUUACAAGAUCUGACAUAAUUACCAUACAAGAUCCAAACAAUCUAGCCAAAUUCAAUAUUUCUACAUUUCAUCAUGUAAAAAACAAUCUGAGAGUGGAAACUGAAGAGGAAAUCGCUAUGAAGAAAGAUCCACAUGCAAGAUUAAAAUCUGUGUUUGCAGAAACAAAAGAUAUCUUACAAGAGUUAGAGAGGGAAUACAAAGCACCUGAAGUGAAAGAAAAUAAAAAAGAGGUAGCAGACAAAUUCAAUGCAGCACAUUACUCUACAGGAAUGGUAGCUGCAAGCUUUACAUCAACUGCUAUGGUGCCAGAGACAAAACAUGAAGCUGCUAUUAUUUGUGAAGAUGAAGUGAAGUAUGAAAGAGUUAAGAAAAAAGGGUAUGUUAGAUUAGUGACUAACUUCGGUCAGCUGAAUUUUGAGUUAUAUUGUGAUGUUGUACCAAAAACAUGUCAUAAUUUCAUUAAACACAGCAAUGACGGAUACUAUAAUGGUACAAAAUUCCACAGAUCUAUCAAAAACUUUAUGAUUCAAGGAGGUGAUCCAACUGGUUCGGGGCUUGGUGGUGAAUCAAUUUGGAAAAAGCCCUUUGAAGAUGAAAUAAAACCUAAUUUGCAUCAUACAGGCAGAGGAAUCCUAUCUAUGGCAAAUUCAGGGCCCAACACUAAUGGAUCUCAGUUUUUUAUUACAUUCCGCUCUUGCAAACAACUGGAUGGCAAGCAUACAAUAUUUGGGAAACUGGUUGGUGGCAUGGAUACACUCAACUUGAUGGAGCAAAUUGAAGUAGAUAACAAGGAUAGGCCAGUACAUGACAUCAUUAUUGAAGCGGCCCAAGUAUUUGUUGAUCCAUUUGCAGAGGCUGAGGAGCAGUUAUUAGCUGAAAGAGCUGAAGAGUUAAAAAAGCAAGCAGAGGCAGAAAGUAAAGGUGUUAAACCCAAGAAAGCAAACAAUCAGCCAUUAAAAGUGUUUAGGGAUGGUGUCGGAAAGUAUCUUAAUUUACAAGAGCUAACAAAUAAUAAAACUACCAACAAAGAGGUGCCAGCUAAAAAAGUUAAAAAAGAUACCAAAUCAGGCUUUGGUUCAUUUGAAAGUUGGUAGUGAAUCUUGAAACUCAUUAUGUAUAUAGUUAAAAUGACAAUUAAAGUAUUUCAAGUCUCUA